GUUGGGAGACAAUGAUACUGACUCGGAGGAGACUCACUGGACCUGGAUCUUCUCCACCGAGUUGCAGAUCAAAAUGUGGGAGGUGUUCACCUUGCAAACCAGUACAUGUACCGAUUCAACCCGGUCGGAGUACACCUCUUGAAUACUACCCUGAAGCUUGGCGUUGCAAAUGUGGAAAUAAGUUCUUCAUGCCUUAAAC